AUGACUUCUUCACUACUCCGUUCCGCCAACCCCAACGUUCGCGUAGAAGACGAGGUCUGGGACAUGAUCUUCCCUGACGCGAAGACCGAGAAGCACCAAAACAAGGCUGGAGAUACCGCUCAAUCCACCAACCCGAUCACCGCCAAAGACAUCGACAUCCGAGACUGGCCCUUUGCAGACCGCAAGAAACUCGAGUCGGAAUACAACCGCAUCAAGGUCUUCAUCGACGCCGACCUUAUUACAACGAUAUCAAGGCCACUGUUUCGAGCGACUUCGACAACAGCCAGCGAGCUUCUCAUGAACGAUACCGUCAUACUACCCACAACCAUCGACGGGGACGCGGUGUCUCGACUUGUCGAUUACCUCGAGGACAUUAUAUCGAAUCCCAACAAGCCGCUACCAUUUAUCCUCCAUCUACCCAUGACAUUAUCUCUGGGUAUAUGCGCCGCUGCCGUCGCGCUCGGGAUGGACAAGUAUGUCGACAACCUAUACAAAGAGUGCGAAGACCUCCUACGAACAUGCCUACCCUCGUGGACAACUAUCGACGCCAUUACAUCAUACAAGACAACCACGCCGCACUUCUCCCGCCUCUUCCGCAUCAUGGUACUUGAUCUCGCUACACGCAUUUGGAACGAAACAGCCUCCAACGUUGAAAUCUUCCAGAUCCAGUUAAAUCCUGAGGAGGAAGUAUGA